AGCUGUGCAGAGAAGCAGAAGUGUGAGUGGGAGCCACACUGCUAGUAGCCACUCGCCGAAGGACAGACAGGACUGGGACAGUAGUGAGUCCCUCAUCAGCAUCUCCUAAAGCUGAAUGAUGGACAGAGGGCAGCUGCCCCCUCGAGCUGACAUGGAGCAAUGACGGCAAACUCCUGGUGACACAGCAUGGAGCUGAAAGUGUGGGUAGAUGGUGUUCAGCGUAUCGUCUGCGGGGUCACUGAGGUCACCACCUGCCAGGAAGUGGUCAUUGCUCUGGCCCAGGCGAUCGGUCGCACAGGAAGAUACACACUGAUUGAGAAAUGGCGAGAGACAGAGAGGCACCUUGCCCCCCAUGAGAAUCCUAUUGUGUCGCUAAACAAAUGGGGGCAGUAUGCCAGUGAUGUGCAGCUGAUCCUGAAACGCACGGGACCCUCUCUGAGUGAGCGGCCUACCUCCGACGGAAUGGCACGUGCCCCCGAGCGUGGCCUGUAUCGCCAGAGCCUCCCACCGCUGGCCAAGCUGCGGCCCACCAUGGACCGCUCUCUCAAGCGCAAAGAGCCCAAGCGUAAAUCCCUUACCUUCACAGGUGGUGCCAAGGGAUUGAUGGACAUCUUUGGCCGGGGAAGAGAGGUGGAGUCCAAGCAGCGUGCAUUAUGCAGCACUGUCAACGGUGGUGUGACCCUUACAGGCCCACGGGCAGAGGACCUGGCCCGGCUAGUGCAACUCCAGAAGGAGAAGCUGCAGAUGCUGGAGGAGAAGCUGGAGGCCCGGGAGGUGGAGCUGCAGGACUGGGCCGAGCGGCACGCCGGCGCCAGCGGGGAUGGCAGCCUCGAGGAGGAGAUCUUACGGCUAGAGCAGCGCGUGCGCAAGAACGCUGUUGAAAUCGAGGAAGAGGAGUUCUGGGAGAAUGAGCUACAGAUUGAACAGGAGAAUGAAAAGCAGCUGCAGGAGCAGCUGCAGGAGCUGCGCAGACGCAUCCAGGAUUGCGAGGCCAAGUUAAGCGACUACGCGGGCAGGAUCCAAGACAUGGAGGCCGGCAUCGAGGCCGAGCGGCUGCAGCAGGAGAUGGAGAACACGCAGCAGGUGAAUGAAGAGGAGGUGCGAGCUAAGCUGCUGAAGGUGAAGGCUGAGCUGGACAUGCAGAGCCAGCAGAUGAGCAGGCUGGAGAGCAGCUGCAAGGCAGUGGAGAGGUCUCUCGGCCAGUCCAGCAAGAGGCUACAGGAGAAGGAGCAGGAGCUGGAGCAGCUGACCAGGGAGCUGCGACAAGUGAAUCUGCAGCAGUUCAUCCAGCAGACGGGCACCAAGGUCACCGUGCUGCCAGCUGAGCCUGGGGAGGAGGAGGCUCCAGCUCACGCAGACAUGGUCCUCCAGUCAGGCUCUCUGAAACGCCCUCCGUCCACCCGGCCACUGCCCAGCAGCCUCCAGAUCCUGCAGAGCUCGCUGUCCUCUGGCUUCAACCCUGAGGGCAUCUAUGUGUGAGCAGCAGGCGCUCCCAGCCACCAGCCUCAGACACCUGAACCCAACCACUUUGUCACGUUUCAUCAUUGUCUGCAUGAGUGGGCGGAGCUGGUUUUACACCCUCCCAUGACCUGGCCUACAGUUGGCACCUCCUCCUUACCAUGGUGUUUGACACUCCACACUGAAAAUUGCUUUGCAAUCUGGAAUGCACAGAUUCUGAAAACCAUGGAACUGAAUGGCUGUUAUUAUUUUCAGAAUUACUUUUGUUACCCUUCAUUAAAAGCCUUAGUAUGUGUUCAGUUUGUGUGCCAUGAGUACUGCUAAAGCAGAUACGUCGUUUGGUCACUCCCAAAUCACCAGGUGUGUCAAGCGCAGCCGACUCUUGGUGGAAUCAUCGUUUGCAUUGUGUAUGAAUGCCAUGAAGAGGUGGUGUGUUUUUGCUCAUGAGAAAGCAGCAGCUCCUCCAUUAGGGUAUUUUGCACUGAAAUACUCACCUGGUGGCCACAGUAUGUGUGCUUUGUGGAAAAUCCCCACAGUGAAGGUGGGAACACAGGAGAAGCCACAGUUCAUAUCCAUGUGGAGGAUAUGCGUCCAAGGUGUGUCCUUUUCACCUUGGGUGAAUCGAUUCUUCACCUGUACACCUGAAUCACUGAGGACCGACACCAUCACACUCUUACUGUAGUCAACUAGUGUCUUUUUAAACUGGAGGACUAAUAAGGCGAUUAACCUCUGAUAUUUGCUGUAGAAGCUCUCGAGUUAGUGGUUUACGAUGGAGGAGUAUAGAAAGAGCAAUGUGUUUGUACCAUGUUUGCUAUUUUUUUUUUUUGGCCGUGAUGAUGCUUUUCCACUCAUGGAUUUUCUUUUAAAUGCACAAUUUCAGCUUUGUGUGCAGCUCCAGUUUAGGAUAGUGCACUCCUGAUUUUGUGAAGGGUGAACGCCUCUUUAUUUUUACUAUUAUUUUUACUACUAAAACAUUUUGUAUGAUGUUUUUUCUUAAAUGCAUGUAGAGACAUUGAGAGCUUUCUGUUACUGUGAUAAUAAACAUCUACACAACAGGGAGAAAAAAAAACUUGACAGUAACCAGUAAUACCAGCCUAAAAUCAAUAGAUGUAAAGCACGACAGAGACAGAGCAAGAGAACUGGUCCAGUUUCCCAUUAAAUGGAUUUUAUGAUUAGAAAAUUUUGUGAAUGAGAGACUGAACUCUGCAUGUGCUCUAUACUCAGGGGGUUGUACUUCCCAGGAAGUGAACAGUAAAUAUGGAAAAGUGGCAGAACUUGGGGAUGUUUGUCAUAUUUCUGCAGCCCUGUGCUGAUGGAUCAUCUCCAUGCUAUUCUGUUGUGAAUGUUUUAGAAGGAGCCCACAUAAGCUUUGCAGUGAACUUUGACCCCUAAACAUGGCACCAUGAUGUCUUUAAAUGUUCUGAUUGAUUGUAUUCAAACAGUUUGGACUCAAACACAAUUGAGGAGCAAAGCCCACAAAAGCAAACACCCACUGACCUUUAAUGAAGUUCAUCUUCUGUUUCAGUUUUCAUUUGAACAUGAAGGACAACAAUAUGUUAAUAAAAUCAAUAUAAGUCUUUACUCCAUAAAACUUGUAAAUAAGGACAUAAAUGACCAUAUAGUAUUCAAAUUAUUUUUGCAAACAUGUAAAGUACAACAUAAUUCUGUACAGCUAAUGUAAAAUUUUAACUUUCUUAUGAUUGCCAUCAGUACAGCAAUAUGGAGCAGAGACUGAAAAUUUUGUGGUUCUGUCUUUUUUGAAUAAGAUGAUACUAAAAAUAUGAACUGUACUUGUUCAUAUGGAUGUGUUGCAUUGCACUGUUCUAAGUGCUUUAUAUACAAUGUAUAGUUUAGUAAACGAAUGCUGCUUUUUCAUAUGUCCUGGCUUCUCUCGCUAACAACAAAUGGUACAAAAUGAAGUACGUAUCAGUGAAAUGAUUAUGUAAAUAUACACUUUCCAGUUUAAUUUUUUUUCCCCCCUUUUCUCUCAGAUUGUGUCCAUCCCAUGUAGUCUCAUAUUAAUUUACUUGUCAUGUGUGCCUCUUCCACCAAAGAAAACUGACUGUGGCCCAAAGAUGAGUUUCAUGGCUGUGUUCACCAUGUGACCUUCAUAUUGUUAUCUGCAAAACACACCUAUCAGACCCUCACAUAUGGGCGCAGGGACAGUCUCCCUAAUGUACUCAGUGUUUCCUCGUUGUCAAAUGCAAACAUAGCGGACGAAACGAUACCUGAGCGCAUCUGGUACCAGGUGUUUUUGUAAAAGGAAAAUCACUAAUGCUGUUUCAGUUUUGCAUAAACACUGGAUAUAUGUAUUAUUGAUGAUACUGUUGAUUUUCUUCUGCCUCUAAUUUGCAGCUGAGAAACUGUAUGGCUCUCUUCCCGGCAUGUAAUGUGCUGAUGAAGUAUAAAAUAUAAUAAAGUUAAACCACUGAC